AUGGCAAUGUUAAACCUAGUUAACAGCCCUUUCUGUAUAAGUAAUUCUGGUGGUAGAGUUGUUAGGAAUAGGGUUCUUCCACCUGCGACUCCAACAUUUAUUCAUGCAAGUUCAAAGCAGGAGUCUAAAGCAUUUGAUACGGCAAAGGAAACUAUAAAAGGAGUCAAUGAAACAAAGGAGGCCACCAAAAACAUGAAAGAUAGUGCUAUUUCUGCUGCUUCCCAAGUGAACCAGAAGGCACAAGAAACUAUAAAACAAGGAGCUAAUCAAGCAGCAGAUGCCACAAAAAACAUGAAAGAUAAGACUACUUCAGCUGCUGGCCAAGUAAUUAUUUCUUUAUAUACAUUUCGUGUUGAAAUUCUUGAAUUUUCUGCUGUUGGGGUGAGCGAGAAGGCAAAAGGAAUGGCUGAGAAGGCAACGGAUGCAGCAAAACAGGUAUGGGACACUGCCAUAGAAACUGCUCAAAAGGCUAAAGAAACUGUGCUUGGGAAAGCUGAUGAAUCCAAAAGAGGCAUUAAAGAAAAUGCAGAGAAAAUAAAGCAUAGGAUGGACGACAAGAACUGA